AUGGCAGAGGAGAUGAAGAUUGAGAUCAUCAAAAGAGAAACCAUAAAACCAUCUUCUCCAACUCCUCCUCACCUCAAAAUCCAUGCACUUUCUCUCUUGGAUCAGUUCCAACCGGUACUGUACGGCCAAGUAGUUUAUUUCUAUCCAAGCCAAAACGAUAUCACCUCUGACCAAACAUCACAUCAGCUUAAGAAAUCGCUAGCCGAAACCUUGGCUCGUUUCUACCCAGUUGCCGGAAGAAUCAAUAACAACACCACCAUCGAUUGUAACGACGAAGGAGCUCAAUACGUCGAAGCUCGAUUUCACGGCCUUCUCUCAACCGUUCUAAAGCAACGACCAGCCAUACUCCAACAAUUCUUUGCGGCGAAAAUGCAGUCGCCGGAGUCAGACUCAUGGCCUCAGCUGCUUGUUCAAGCUACUUUCUUCGACUGUGGCGGCUUGGCCGUCGGUAUCUGCUUGUCCCACAAAUCUUGCGACGCAACCAGCAUGGGAAUAUUCAUGAAAAGUUGGGCUGAAAUUUCAAACGGAUCUGGACAAACAGUGUUCCCGGAGUUCAACGGCGCCUCCUACUUCCCACGUGUAGAACUCUCCGUCCAGAAGCCUGUCUUGGAGUUUAAAAAAGUGGACUCAGUCACUAAGAGAUUUGUGUUUGAUAAACCAAAGCUUGUGAAACUCAAGGCCGAAACAGCCAGCGACAGCGUCCAACAACCUACUAGGGUCGAGGUAGUCACAGCUCUAAUCUGGAAGUGUAUCAUGGCAGCGUCAAGAUCAAACGCUAGUGGUCCAAAGAGAUUUGCGUUGACUCAAUCUAUGAACAUACGCAAAAGGGUUGAUCCGCCAUUGCCGGAACACUUGGUGGGGAACAUAGUUGGAUACUAUGCUGCACAGAUGGAGGAGCAUGAACUGGCGGAGGCAACACUGCAGGGUUUGGUGGCUUUGUUAAGAAAAGGAAUAAGAGAAUAUAGUGAAACGAAAGCGAAAAUGCUUCGAGAAGAGGGGGCAUCGGAGCUGCUAUGUAGGGAUUUGAAAGAGGCUGCUGAAUUGUUUAGUUGUGAAGAUACUAAGGUGUUGAUUUUCACGAGUUUGUGUAACUUUGAGUUGUAUGAGGCAGUUGACUUUGGGUGGGGAAAGCCAAUUUGGGUGGCUGUUCCGGCUGCCGAAAGCCAUAGCAAUGUGGUCAUCUUAAUGGACACAAGAGACGGAGGUGUUGAGGCUUCGGUUUCUUUGACCAAAGACGACAUGUCUUUGUUUGAGACUGACCCUCAGCUUCUUCCAUUUGCUUAUCUAUCAACACAAAACUACUCUUAA